AUUACACAGCAGAGAAGAAUGUCGUGUGGCUUCAUAAAAUCGUGCCUGGUGAGCGUGUCUCGGAGGAAGCCCCUGGAGCCCGAUGGGGAGCAGUCCACAUUUAACCGAUGCCUGACCACUCUGGACCUGGUGGCCCUUGGUGUGGGCAGCACUUUGGGGGCUGGGGUUUACGUCCUCUCUGGAGAGGUGGCCAGGGACACUGCUGGACCCAGCAUCAUCAUCUCCUUCUUCAUUGCUGCCAUGGCAUCCAUAUUUGCCGGGCUGUGCUAUGCUGAGUUUGGGUCCAGGGUUCCCAAAACAGGCUCAGCAUACCUUUACAGCUAUGUGACUGUUGGAGAGCUUCUGGCUUUUAUCACAGGGUGGAAUCUAUUACUCUCCUACGUCAUAGGUACAUCCAGUGUUGCGCUGGCAUGGAGUGGGACAUUUGAUGACCUCAUUGGCGGUGUCAUAUCUAAGUUCUUUGAGGAAAAUGCAUCUAUAGGUGUUGCUGGCCUGGCACCCUACCCAGAUGUCUUUGCUGCGGGUCUCAUCAUGAUAUUAUCAGGUGUGCUUGCAUUCGGAGUGAAAGAGUCAACAACAAUUAACAAGAUCUUCACAGCCGUCAAUAUUGUGGUGCUAGUGUUUGUGGCCAUCUCUGGAUUUAUUAAGGGAGACAUCUCCAACUGGCAAAUCAGUGAAGAGACUUUGCUGAACGCCACAGCAGGAAACAGUACCAAUGUGUAUGGAGUUGGUGGAUUUUUCCCCUAUGGCUUCAGUGGAACCCUGGCUGGAGCUGCAACAUGCUUCUAUGCUUUUGUUGGAUUUGACUGCAUUGCCACAACAGGUGAGGAGGUGAAGAACCCUCAAAAGUCUGUUCCCGUGGGUAUUGUAGCCUCGCUACUUAUCUGCUUCCUGGCCUACUUUGCUGUGUCUGCUGCUCUCACCCUGAUGAUGCCUUAUUACUUGCUCGAUGAAAAAAGCCCCCUGCCAGUAGCCUUUGAGUAUAUCGGCUGGGGUCCUGCUAAAUACGCUGUGGCAGUGGGAUCACUGUGUGCUCUGUCCACCAGCCUGUUGGGUUCCAUGUUCCCGAUGCCCAGGGUGCUGUUUGCUAUGGCAAGAGAUGGUCUGCUUUUUCAACCCCUGACCAAAGUCACGGAAAAAGGAAGUCCUGCUAUAGCCACAGUAUCAUCUGGAACUGUAGCAGCUAUCAUGGCUCUGCUGUUUGACUUGGAAGCUUUGGUGGAAAUGAUGUCCAUUGGCACACUCUUUGCUUACACACUUGUGGCCAUAUGCAUCCUGAUACUGAGGUACCAGGAGAGUCCAUCUGAAGACACAGACCUACAGAUCAUGGAGUCAAAUACCAGAUUUGGCUUCCUGAGGCCUCCAUCAUCUCCCACUUCAGCCACCUCAAGAACGGUCACAAUCCUGACAAUAGUCUCUGUUGCAUGUGUGUUAGGGCUGUGUAUCAUACUGACCCAAGCCCUAGAUGCAUUAGCCCGUUUGGAAGUAUGGAGUCUGGUGGUUGUCUGCAUCCUUGCCGUCAUCCUGCAGCUCAAUAUUUUCAUCAUCUGGAGACACCCACAGAAUCCCCACAAGGCAACUUUCAUGGUGCCCUUACUCCCUGCACUGCCUAUAGUGAGUACAUUUAUUAAUGUCUACCUCAUGGUCCAGUUGGGUGCAGACACAUGGAUGCGCUACGGCAUCUGGAUGUUAGUGGGGUUAGUCAUCUAUUUUGGCUACGGGAUCCAUUUCAGCGUUCAGAAGAAUCGUCUCAUGACAAACCAGAUGACAACUGACAUAGUCAUUAGCAACAAAGACAAUGACAUCAUUAAAGAAGAAAAAUUCUAA